AUGGACCAUAUGCAGAGAGUCUGGGAGGAUGUCUGGACCCAGCCCGCUGAAGCGUCACACCUCCCUGACGCCAUCCCCUUUUUGGACCACCGCAUUCUCGGUCUGUGUGCCCAAGGGCACGAGUGCGCUGCUGCCCCUGCCAGAGCCUCGGUGAGUGAUGUCAGGAACGCCGCUCGCCGAUUUAAGAAGCGCACUGCGCUUGGGUCGGACACGGUCCAUCCUCGGGACUUGGCGCUGGUCUGUGACGAGGCGUUCGAGACCCUGUGUGCGAUCUGGCAGUGGAGCGAGGCUAUUGGUCGCAUUCCAGUGCAGCUCGCGCUCAUGUUCACGGCGCUCCUCCCCAAGCCCGACGGGGGGUUCAGACCGAUCGGGCUGCUGCCAGGGAUCUGCAGGGUCUUUGGCAAAGUCACGCGUAGAGAGGCUGUGGCCUGGGAGCGCAGCCAGAAAAAGGACGCACCAUUACGGCUCCGUCUGCUGCUCGCAAUGUAUCAGGCCCCCAAGUUGCUCCAGAUGGGGCAGGUCAUGCCGGGUAUAAUUUACGCUGGCCAGGGGAUCAUUGCGGGAUGCGCCUUCGCGACCAGUCUGAUGAAACUCAUCCUGCUCACCCCCGUCGAUGCUAUGAUCAUUCACUGGCCGAGCACGCGAGUAUUUAACGUGGUGGGCGACAUCACGUUGUUCGCGGCUUGUGCGAUAGCUCACCUCGGUCGGCGGCUUGGGACCGCUGCCCAAUACCUUCUCAGCCAGCUCCAGGCGCUCCACUUGGUGAUUUCCAGGGACAAGGGAGUGGUCAUGGCUACGCAUGCUGAAGUUGGGAGAGAGAAGGAGUCCUUCCUGUCUGAGCACGCCACCGGGGGCCGCGUUGCCUGGCGGCAGGUGGAGGCGCAGGCCGCCGACGGGGGCUACCAGCAGGUGGACCUCCCCCACGGCCACGUCCCCUUCCAGUCGCUGAUGCAGGGGCCGCCAGCGGGUAGCCCGCAGGACGUCCUGUACGCCCAGUACUGGGCGGUCGGCACGCUCAGGGUCGAGGCGCCGGGCCGCUUCGCCGUGGACUGCAGCGGCCUCCACACGUUCCAGGACCGGGGCGCGACCGUCGCCACCCCGGUCAGCCUGCCAGAGGCGGGCCUCUACAGGCUGCUCGCCCGGGUGCGCGGCAAGGUGCCCCUGCGGUUCGCGUGCGCGCUCAAGCCGGUGCCCGCCGACGCGGACGUGACCGCGACCAUCUCGCAGAAGGGGCUGCCCGACGUGGUGCUGGGGAGGCUCAUCGCGGCCCGCUCUGCCCUGAACCUGCGGGUGCGCAACCUCGGCGCGGCGUGGGCGGAGGUCGUGGCCGAGGUCCGGCAGGCGGGGCAGGGAGCGCCCGAUCUGCGCGUGCACGGCGCCCGCGCCGUCGCGAGGCUUGCCCCGGGCGCCCUGGCGCAGCUGCCCGUGGAGCUCAACGUCACCGGGCCCCCAGAGGACCGGGAGGGAGCCGCCUGCGCCCGCUUCGAGGUGGCGGUGGCCCUCGAGGGCGCGGGCGCCGCGCGCGAGGUGGUGCUGCCCGUGGCGCUGCGCUGCCGCAGGGCCUCGCAGUCCGCCAUGCUGUCCUUCCUCGACGCCGACGGCUCCGUCGGCUCGGCGGCGGUGCUCCGGCCGCGCGGCUCCGGCGGCGCGGGCUCCGUGCCGACCGUGGUGUCGCUGUCCGGGGUCGGCGUGGAGCCGCAGGGUCAGGCCGACGCGUACAAGAUGAAGCCCUCGCCCACCCACCCCGGGGACUUCGUCUUCGGCUUCGAGGGGCUCUGGGUGAUGUCGGGCGCUGGCCGGGGUGGUCCUGGCCAAGGGUGCCCCCAGAGCUGCCAGGGAGGCACAGAGGCGGACCCGAGGCUCCAGGCUGAGCCGGAAAGACGCCGGCAUGGGCCAGGGGCGCUCCUGCCAACGCCCGAUGGUAGCACCGGAGCGGGGCGGCCCGCACAACUGGGAGGACAAAUGGAGGAAUAA